AUGGCAAGAACGAUGGCCGAAGCAAUGCACAUGAGCAUAGUAGCAGACACCUCAAACAAUGAGAAAUAUCUGAGGUCGGAAUACAAACAGAAGUGCCGCCGCUACCUCAAUCUGGCCUGUGAAAUAUACAGAGAAACACCGUUUUUAAGUACUAAUUUUGGCCAGACUAGCAAACAUUUGGUGAAUUUCUUGGCCACCGUCAAAUUUCAAUAUUUCACGAACUUUGGCUCCUUUCCAACGUUGUCUAAAUCCGUCAUUGCCAAGAUGUUCAUGACAAGUUGCCCAACAAACGUCAAAACAGUUUCAUACGAUUACUAUUUGAUCUGCAUCCUCAUUGGCAUCGAUUUUUGUAUGCUCACUCGACAAGAUAAGUUUGAUUCAGUCCAGCUUAAAAUCUACUGGGCCAAAAGUACGGAACAAAAUCAUUACACCAGAAAUUAA